AGCGCAUUUGGCGGUGUAAACCAACGGCGUUGCCAGUAACCCAAAAUGCCAUUUUAAAAGGCUACGCGUUUUAAGCACGGCAAUCUACCGGCAAAAACUCUUGAGCUAUACAGGAGACGCAUUACCUGCUACCGAACGUAUCGUUCGAUGUCCACAGCGAAUGCUGCUAAGCACGAGUGCUGACUCGGGACAACAUCAGAAACUAAUUCUUUGUGCACUUUUCAUAACGAAUCAUGGGCAACAAGGCUACCGUUCUAGCAGCUUCGCACAUCCAUAAAUUGCACGUUGACAGACCGUCAACAAAUCGUCGGGCAGACACCCUGACAUUCUCCGCACUGCCCUGUACAGGAAUCAUCCGCAGCCAUAAUGGGCAGACAACUUGGGAUCACCAGACGUCACGCUUCAACCAUCGACGUGUUUACCAUGAAGUCACCAACAUAGCCACACCGGGCGACGGAUAAGCUCAGAUGGCGGCCGCCAUGUUGGAUGAGCGCGGCGGCGCCUGCAGCGCCCCCUUGGCGGCCAUUUUGGUGGUUACUGUGUUGUGCGCGCCGGUGCCCCUGGCCGCUUGGGAGAACUGUUCUCCGGAUGAUGACCCGUCCGACCCGACGGCGCGGUGGUUGUGGCGCGUGGAGGAUUACCCUCACCCCAUCAGGCAUCCCCGCUACUGCAACAGGUACUCUGCGUCGUUCGUUUGCGAUCCGGACAGGGUCAUCGGCAAGAAACAAGCGGACUCCCUGGACCGGCUCAUCGAGCGCAUCCGCAACGAGACCCUGUGCAUAUGUCCCUCGUGCGGGGGCCGUGGAUCCGAGAACAGGGGCAUCACGCUCGGAGUGGCGCUCAUGGAGAACAUGCAACCCCAGCCCAACAUGCCCAUGUCCGAGACCGUGCGGUUGUUCGCCGAGACACUGCGCAAACAGUGGGGGCUGGGGCACUGCGACGACGACAUCCUCUUGCUCAUAUCCACCAGGGACCAUCAGUCGCACACGUUGGUUGGACCGGCGGUGGCGGACGUGUUUCCCCAAGAAGUGGCGGAUCAGAUCUACCUGGAGAGCCGCGGCCACUUCAGCAACUGCCUCUUCUACCAGGGACUCGAGUCCAUGGUGCAGUCCUAUUUCGACAUGCUGCGCCGGCUCCAGGCCAAGGGCCCCGUGGGACAGCGGCACUCCGGAAACGCGGGACCCAGCGCAGGCCUCAUCGUAGGCAUCGUGUUCGGAGUCCUGGCCCUCAUGAUGCUGGUGGCGGGGACACUGUUUUUCCUGGUCAACCGUUGCGGCGACGCCGGCAACUUCCCAGGCAAGAGUGCGUCAGACCCGAGGCCUUCCAAACCCCUCUCAACCGCAGGUCUUCCGGACGCCUGGAGGACCCUGAAGCGGCAGCGGCAAGGCCGCCGCCGAACAGUCCAGGAUCGGCUCCUGACGUCGGUCGUGGUCCCGGCUGAGAGUGUGCGGACACCGGCAGAAGUGACGUGUUCCGCCGACGAACGCGAACACCUCCGAAACGGAAGUUGUGACAGCCCGGUGACCGUGGACCAUGUGGCCAACGAGCACGGCAGUGGUUACGCUACGGAGGAUUCGCUGAACCCGGCGAGCGAAGACGAGGGCUCAAGCAGCGACGCAGAAGACAGCGAGGGUGGGAGCACGGCGGAGGUCAGUUCAUCAGCGGCCGACAGCGUUGCUGACGAAGCAGUUCAGCCCAGUGCGGAACGCGGCAAACUUGAUGCUGCGUUAGGUCUGCUGCACUUGUCGGCACCUCAAAUUGGGUUGGCUGCUUCUGCAAGACCCUCAAGGAAUGUGGCAGAAGAACCUGCUCAGCAUGGCAAGCCUGAUGCUGUCUCCGGACUAUUGUAUUCGUCUGCACCGCAAAUUGGGUUGGCUCUCUCUACAAGAUGUCCAGAAAGCGCUGCCGAAGACCGAGUUCAACAUAGUGCUGUGCAAAGCAAGCUUGAUGAUGUUUUGUGAAUAUUGUGUUGGUUGCUACCACAAACUUAAUAUAAUACUUCAGUAAGGAUGUCCGGCUAACGUUCAACAGUUCAGCAUAGUGCGGAUUGCAGCAAGCUUGACGCAUCCUUGAGAUUAUUGGAUUUUCGGCACAGCAUACUAAAUUUGCUGUUAAAUGAUCUCCACUGAACGCUGGUGAUGGUUCGGUUCAGCACAGUGUAGUUAGUACACGGCAUGGUUGGUGCAUUUGCUGAACCCUUAGGUUUGUUUGGCACCAGAAAUUGGGGUUGGCAUUUCUGCAAGAUCCUAAGCCAAUGCUGCUGAAGUACACCGUGGCUCAACAUAGUGCGCCAAACGUAAACAAUGAAGGUGUAUCGCGAGUGUCUCCUUCACCUGAACCAGGCCAUGCAAGCCUCAUGUGGUGGAAAUGACGUUUGUACUGCAGCAAGUUUUCGGCGUGCGAAGAACGAUCAGUUCCUCGGAGCGUCUUACAUGACAGUGCAUAUAUGUCGUGAUAGCCUAUAGUCCUACUACGCAACAACGACUCUUGUUCGUUGUUGAGGCAAGAUCACCCUCUCUGUUGUGCUCCUCGCUCGCCAACCUGCUCUCUUGCGGCCAGUUCGUAAAGUUCAAGGGGUAAGAAAUUUCUAACAAAGCGUAUAUAAAACGCCUUCGAGCAA